AUGGCGGCGGACACGGCUGCUGCGACCCGAUCGCCGGAGGAGCGAUCCAAGACCACCGGUGGUGCCGACGUGCAGGACGAGGAGAGGGACGCCAAGAAGAUGAGGACCACUCUGGCGACGGAGGAAGACGACGGCAACGGUGGCGACGAGGAGUUGGAGAUCUCGUCUCCGCUCCGCGAGCCCUACCUCCCCAAGGAGGUAGACAUGCGCGCCAACCCGCAUAUCCUCGCCGCCUACAAGCUCGCCCAAGACAAAUUCCAUGAUAAACGAGAUCGCGAGGAGAAGCUGCUGCCCACGCGCCUAUCAUUCCUUUUCGGAGCGUCGCCCGUCCUCGUCCCCGAUGCCGGGAAGAAGGCCGCGCUCUCCGCCGCCAGAUCAAUCGUCCACCUCUCCUCCUCUCUCGGUGGCGAUCCGCUGGCACAGUCCACCGGCUUCUGGAUCGAUUGGGACGAGGGGAGCAAAACCGGCAUUGUUUUGACGACCGCGCAUCUGAUCCGCGCCAACAAGCUGCUGGCCAAAGACUACUGGGCGAAAAAAGACCGGUACCAGUAUCAUCCCGGUGCUCAAGUUACUGCUCACUUGCUCGACGACACCACCGUGGAGGGCCGUCUGCUCUAUCACCAGGAGCAUUAUGACCUUGCUUUCCUUAAGAUUGCAAUGGAUCGGAGUGUUCAAGUAGCCUCUUUCGCUGACACGUUCAACAGUGGUCAGCAGGCUUUGCAGCUCGGAAGAGAUGGAAAUUUGAUUUUAAGGAUAACUCUCGGCAAGGUGACGCAAGGUGACUUCGUGUAUUUUUGUCGAGAUAAAAAAUACGAGUCCGACGAUGGUGGAGAGCCGGUCAUUGACUUUGAUGGAAAGGUUGUGGGGAUGAUCAAUGAUUGUAAACAUGGGUUCUUUGUUCCUUUUUUCAUUUUGAAUAGGUGCAUGGAACUCUGGAGGAAUUCCGGGUGCAUCCCUCGGCCCCACCUUGGAUUGAAGUUUAAGGCCCUCAAGUUUCUAAAUCCCUCUUAUGUUGAGUACAUAUUGCGCAAGCUAGACAUUGAUGACGGUCUUCUAGUUGAAGAGGUGUCAAUGGGAUCUCAUGCUGAGAAAGUUGGUAUCCGAGUAGGUGAUAUUAUUGGAAGCAUUGAUGGAGAAAGCAUUUCAACCAGAAUUGAGUUGGAGAAAAAAUUGUUGAGUAUAUCAAUGGGCAGUUUUCAUGGGGGAAAUGACAUUACUACCAAAGUGGAAAUUUCUGUCCGAGUAUUUCACACGAACAACCGUCUUUGGAGGGAAAAACAUUUAAAUGUAAAUAUAUCGGAUCACCGAGAAGUCGUUGAACGAGGGAGGUCGCCCCUCUCAGAUAGACGCACCAGAACUUCUCCUUCCUGCUGCGUGUAUGCGGUCGUGGUGGAACCAAAGAGGCUGGCGAGGCAUCAGGUGACAGUGCAACAGCGAUUGGCAGUGACGAGGCAGGGCCAGACGACGGAACGGGCGAGGAGGCGGGCGACACCGGCCCAGGCGAGACUGGUCCAGGGGAGGCGGGGGCGACACCUUCCGAUGCCAGCCCAGGAAAAGCUGGUGCGGGCGAGGCCGGGGCUGUGGACCCCGGUCGUGCGGCAACCACCGCGGGUGGUGCAGCGGGAGGCAUGCAUGGCGCAUGCAUUGCACCAGGCAUCACGUCAGGUGCAACCAACUCCUCCUGUUCAUCCAAUAAUUCAAGACGAGCUCCACGACCCGUGCCUGCAGCAUGAUUAG